AAGUUAUCUUCUUGUGCUCAAAGCUGAUUCGAAAUGCCAAAAAUCGUACCCCUGCAGAGAUUUCUCCAUCGAAUUCCCCUUCACUGAUAUUACUCAUUCCAAAUGUGGAUUAUUCUCAGUCAACUGCAGUUUAGAACAUCAAAAUCCAUUAAUUUAUCUACAAGAGCAUCCGAUGAAUCUACUGGGGAAGGUAUCGGAUAACAAGCUCUUGAUCCACGAUUCCGUGCUACAAAACUACAUCAAUGGCAACAGCUGUCUCUUAUUCUCAAACGUAUCUCUACCAAAAUCUCCUUUCGUUUCCUUCACAUAUUCCCCUAAUAUCACCUUCUUCAACUGCUACAAUCCAAGCAAAGAUGUCAGAGAUUACUUCGUGCAGUACAAGAAUAGGAGCUGUGAUAUAUUGACCAUUUACUAUAAAGCUGAAGCCACUGAAGAAGCGCCUGCACAUAUUGAUGGUGUUCUUCCAGGAUCAGGAUGUACAGUGAAUCAAAUGCCUAUUAGGUCUAACCAAGUAUUUCCCGCCGACGUCGUGAAACUGUUAAGUCCAAAUUUCACACUAGAAUGGCAUGUGUCUCAAGAUUGUUAUGAAUGUUAUUAUGAUCGAGGAGGGCAAUGUCUCACAUCCGAAAACAAUGAGUUCUACUGCAAAACCAAUCCAGGAAAUAGACUUCAAAAGAUCCUUUUUAUAGGUGGUAUCACCAUAACCGCGCUUACAUCCUUUUUCAUAAUUAUAUUCGUUUUCAUCCGGAGGAAGCGUGCAAAGGCAAAACAAGAGCAGAAUAGAGACAUUGAACUCUUUCUCAAGAACAAUGGAAAUCUUGCACCAAUGAGAUACAAAUACUCCAGUAUCAAGAAAAUGACGAACUCAUUUACUGAAAACUUGGGAAGAGGAGGGUUUGGCAGUGUCUACAAAGGACAGUUUCCCGAUGGUCAUCUUGUGGCAGUGAAGGUCUUGAACGAAUCUAAUGAAAAUGGGGAAGAUUUCAUGAAUGAGGUUGCCAGUAUUAGCAGAACGUCCCAUAUUAAUAUUGUCACGCUUUUAGGAUUUUGUUUUGAAGGUUCUAAAAGAGCUCUCAUUUAUGAUUUCAUGCCUAAUGGAUCUCUUGAAAAGUUCGUUUGCAACAAUGCUCCGUCAUCUGCAGAAUCUAGGUUGGAGUGGGAUAAGUUGUUUGAGAUCGCACUUGGCAUUGCUCGAGGGCUAGAGUACUUGCAUCAAGGCUGCAAUACGAGGAUUCUUCAUUUGGACAUUAAGCCUCAGAACAUUCUUCUAGAUAAGGACAUGAAUCCAAGAAUUUCAGAUUUUGGGCUUGCUAAAUUGUGUCCAAACAGAUCGAGCAUAGUCUCUAUGAUGGUGGCAAGAGGGACAAUAGGGUACAUUGCCCCUGAAGUAUUUUCUAGAAACUUCGGGGAAGUCUCUUAUAAGUGUGAUGUGUAUAGUUAUGGUAUGUUGGUGUUGGAAAUGGUUGGAGGAAGGAGAAACAUCGAUCGAAGAGAUGUAGAUCGUACGAGUGAAAUAUACUUCCCACAUUACCUCUACAAGCAGCUUGCGAUGAAUGCAGAAAGAGAUCGAAAUCUUGCUGGAAAUUUCAAUGAAGAAGAUGAAAGCCAGCUUGUAAAGAGAAACUUGAUCAUUGUUGGGUUAUGGUGCGUUCAGACGAACCCUAAGGAUCGACCGUCGAUGAAGAGGGUGGUAGAGAUGUUGGAAGGGAAACUUGGAUCAUUGGAGAUUCCACCUAAGCCUUACCUAUAUUCACCCCCUAGAGCAGCACCAAGCUAUUCAACUUCUGUAUCUUUCUAGUUUCUAGUAUUUUACUUGAAUUUGUAUGUCAACAUGUGAAGUGUUUAUUAGUGUGACAAUAUUCGAACUUCAUCCUGUUUGCUGGGUGGUUGGAAUA